CACACCUGGCCCCAAUCAAGCAAACGAGCUCUCGAGCUUGUUGCCGUCAGUUUGAGCUUGCGAGUCAGACGGAAACAGCACGGAGAUGUUCUGCUGUCUUAACAUACUGCCAGUCCCACUGCAGACAUGUACGGGAUGGUGGGCCCUAGUUUUUGCAGUCGGUGCUUCACUUGAGCAAACUGUGACUUCCUCGUCAGAUCUGCAUGGGAGUGUGCCUCCACCAGGACGUCACGGAGGAGGGGAAGAAGGCCAAGCUGCAGAGCUCCAAGAUAGAGCAGGACCUUUGCGAGCACGCCAGGACUGAGAUGAAUGUGGUGAAAAUCCUCAUGCUUGGAGCUGGAGAGAGUGGAAAGAGCACCCUCAUCAAACAGAUCAAGAUAAUCCACAGUCACGGCUUCUCCAGACAGGAGCUCCUCAGUUUCAAGCCUGCGGUGCUGGACAACCUGCUGACCUCCAUGAAGUUCGUGCUUCGAGGGAUGGGGAUGCUGAGGGUCAACCUCGCAAACAAGAACAACAAGAUGCAUGCCCGCUCCAUCCUGUCCUGCAGUCAGUGUCUGGGGGACGACCAGGAGCUGCUCCCGUUCGUGGCGCACGCUUUCUGCGCCCUCUGGGCCGACCAGGGCGUCCGAGCUGCCGCGGCCAGGGGUUACGAGUUCGAGCUGAACGACUCAGCACUCUAUUUCUUUGAGAACGUGAAUCGAAUCACUGCUCUCAAAUAUGUUCCCACCGAGACAGAUGUUCUGAGGGUGAGAGUGAGGACCUGUGGAAUCAUCGAGACGCAGUUUCAACUUAAUCAAAUGAUCUUUCGGCUAUAUGAUGUCGGGGGCCAACGCAGCGAGAGGAGGAAGUGGCUCAACUGCUUCGACUGCAUUCAAGCGGCGUUGUUUGUCGUCGCCCUCAGUAGCUAUGACAUGACACUGACGGAGGAUCCUUCUGCAAAUCGUCUGCAGGAAAGUCUCCAACUUUUUAGAUCCAUCUGCACCAACACAGUCUUCAGGAGCACCUCGCUGAUUCUUCUUAUGAACAAAACAGACCUUUUCCGGGAGAAGAUCCUACACUCUAACAGACACUUGAGAUUUUACCUAUCUGGUUAUAAAGGAGCAGACGGUGACGUGGAUGCUGCAGCCCACCACAUCACCGCCAUGUUCUCAUCAUGUAACGACUGUCCCGACAAGCCCGUGUACCACCACUUCACCACAGCCACGGACACCGCUAACAUACAGGUGGUCUUCGACAUGGUCAUAGAUCAGAUCAUCAGGGAGAACCUGGAGGCUGUCCAGCUGCUGUAAAAGUCUCCUGAAGGCUGAAGAUUGUUUUUAGUCAAUAAGAACAGGAAUUUGUAUGAUUUUUGUUUCAAUGUUUUAUUUGUUUAAGCAACUAAUAAGUCAUGUUAUUUAGCUGCACCUUCCUACUCUUUUUUAAAACAUUUUAAAUAAAAUAUUUAUUGAUAAACCUUA